UUUUUGUCUAUUUGUUAGGUACCAUUUCUUUUUGGUGUACCUGCUAUUGAGAGAUUUGCUGGUUGUGUAAUUCAUUUGAUAUUCAGAAGAACGGGUCGGCACCUCUUUCUUACAGAUGAUGAUGAAGGAAAGCCUCCAUUAUUAAGACGCAUGCUAGAAAACUGGGGGGAAUUACAUUUUAUGUCUGCUUUGCGUUCAUUCCAACGCCGAGUGACAUAUUCAAAUGUUGGUUAUGACCAUGUAGUGGGCUGGAGAACAGCAUCGAUAAGACGUAAUAUUGAACUGCCCAAGUGGGAGGAUUUUCUAGAUGAAAAAUAUCCUCAUAUCGUUUAUGAAGAGCGCUGCAAAGCAAGGGAUGGAGAGCAGUGUGAGUCUGUUUCCACAGAUGAUGAUGGCUUAGAUGAGCUGGAAGAGGAGCUGCUGAUUGGCCUAUCUCGCUUGACAUGGGAAAAAGUAGAUGUCAGCUUCCACAAGAGCAAGCUUAAAUUUGCUGCACAUAGUGUUAUUCAGGUAAAAGAGCAGUACAUGAAUACUGAGGGUGCAGAUGUCAUCCAACAUAUGAUCGAUCAUUUUCUUCUCUAGGACUGUCAUCUUCGAGUAUGCACGAGGAGUAAGGUCAUACAGGUGUGUGGUUUCCAGGUUAUUAUGUCUCACUGGAAGGCCCAACUUACAGGAAAUUAGCAAGGAAAUUUUCUUUAUUCAUUAUCUUCUGAUGUAACAAAAAGCUUUGGAUCAGUUUUUACUUAUUACAAAUGAAAAUAUUGCAUUGAAAUAGAUAAUCUUUUCA